UUCAAUGCAAAUAUUACUAUAUUUGUAAAAAAAAAAAAAAAAACAAUGUUAUCUGAAUCAUCACAUCACCAUCCUCGUAGCUGAAUCGAACCCUCUGCAACUCAAUUUCUCAAAACCCUAACCCUAAUCAUGGGAUCCAUUGGCGUUCUCCUUGUAUCUCAUCAAGUAAUCCCAUACUUAGAACAAGAACUCAACAAACGCUACAACCUCUUCCGCUUAUGGGAUUUCCCACAAAAAUCUCAACUUUUAACUCAACACGGCGCGUCGAUCCGUGCGGUGGUCGGAGAUGCAUUCGCCGGUGCCGAUUCUGACCUCAUUGAAGCACUUCCGAAGCUUGAAAUCGUUUCGAGCUUCAGUGUUGGUGUUGAUAAGAUUGAUCUUGGCAAGUGUAAGGAGAAAGGGAUUCGCGUGACGAAUACACCUGAUGUUUUGACUGAUGAAGUUGCUGAUUUGGCUAUUGGUUUGAUGCUUACGCUUCUUAGAAGGAUUUGUGAAUGUGAUCGUUAUGUUAGAGGUGGAAAUUGGAAGCAUGGUGAUUAUAAAUUGACCACAAAGUUCUCUGGGAAAACUGUCGGCAUUAUUGGGCUGGGAAGGAUUGGCGCAGCCAUUGCCAAGAGAGCUGAAGGCUUUAACUGUCCAAUAUCCUACUAUUCGAGAACUCAAAAGCAGGAGUCAAAAUACAAGUACUAUCCAAGUGUUGUUGAGCUUGCAUCCAACUGUGAUAUACUAGUUGUUGCCUGCCCCCUUACAGAGGAAACCCAUCACAUCAUCAACCGGGAGGUCAUUAACGCACUCGGUCCAAAGGGUUUCCUAAUUAACAUCGGUCGAGGUAAGCAUGUUGAUGAGCCAGAGCUGGUCUCUGCACUGCUUGAAGGUCGUUUGGGUGGAGCUGGACUUGAUGUGUUUGAAAACGAGCCUCAUGUUCCUGAGGAGCUAUUUGGGCUUGAAAAUGUUGUACUGUUGCCUCAUGUUGGAAGCGCCACGGUUGAAACUCGAACUGCCAUGGCUGACCUUGUGCUUGGAAACCUAGAGGCUCAUUUCCUUGGAAAGCCACUGUUAACUCCCUUGAUCAGCAUCGUCUUCGUGUGCUUAUUCCACCAGUUAACGCACCAAAUCCAACCAUAUGCAACUCCAUUUUUCAAAACACUAACCCUAAUGGAAUCCAUAGAUGUUCUCCUCGUAGCUCAAGUACUCCCUUACUUAGAACAAGAACUCAGCAAACGCUACAACCUUUUCCGCAUAUGUGAUUACCCGCAAAAAUCUCAAUUCUUAACUCAACAUGGCGCGUUGAUCCGUGCGGUGGUGGGAAACGGAUCCUGCGGCGCCGAUUCUGAGCUCAUUGAUGCACUGCCAAAUCUAGAGAUUGUUUCGAGCUUCAGCGUUGGUGUUGACAAGAUUGAUCUUAACAAGUGUAAGGAGAAAGGGAUUUGUGUGACGAAUACACCUGAUGUGUUGACUGAUGAUGUUGCUGAUUUAGCUAUUGGUUUGAUGCUUACACUUCUUAGGAGGAUUUGUGAAUGUGAUCGAUUUGUUAGAAGUGGAGACUGGAAGCAUGGUGACUAUAAGUUGACCACUAAGUUCUCUGGUAAAACGGUUGGCAUUAUUGGGCUGGGAAGGAUUGGCACAGCAAUUGCGAAGAGAGCUGAAGGUUUUAAUUGUUCAAUAUGUUACUAUUCUAGAACUCAAAAGCAGGAACCAAAAUACAAGUACUAUCCAAAUGUUGUUGAGUUAGCAUCCAACUGCGACAUACUAGUCGUUGCCUGCUCUCUUACAGAUGAAACCCAUCACAUCAUCAACCGGGAGGUCAUCAAUGCACUUGGUCCGAAGGGUUUCCUAAUUAACAUCGGUCGAGGUAAGCAUGUUGAUGAGCCAGAGCUGGUCUCUGCACUGCUUGAAGGUCGUUUGGGUGGAGCUGGACUUGAUGUGUUUGAAAACGAGCCUCAUGUUCCCGAAGAGCUAUUUGGGCUAGAAAAUGUUGUGUUGCUGCCUCAUGUUGGAAGUGGCACGGUAGAAACUAGAACUGCCAUGGCCGACCUUGUUCUUGGAAACUUGGAGGCUCAUUUCCUUGGAAAGCCACUGUUAACUCCCUUGGUUUAAUCUACAUGACUCUAUUGAACUAUGUUUAUGUUAUUCACGAAUUAUUUAUGGUUUAUGUUAACAUGUUUUUAGGUUUUUCUA